AUGUCAUACCUUGCCAAUGCCUACCUACUGUCACGAUUGAAACAUCUCUCAAUAGAUCAAUGUAUCACUAUAAACUUUAUCAAUGGUUUAUUUAAAGGAUGUCUACCACCGACUAUCACACCAACAACAACAACGACAACGACGAUAACUGCCAACGAAUAUACAGAAGAACAACUACCACCACCACAACAAGAGGAACAAAUACCGGAAAUACCAAAACUACUUUCUCUUAAACUGCCUACACUUCGAUCGAAUACAAAUACCAUUAUGAUACUUCGAUAUCUUUCAUCGAUCACAUCACUUUCACUUCCUGGUUCAAUUGAAUCAUUUAUGUUUCUUAGAUUCUUAGAGUCAUGUCCUUCUCUUAAUUAUUUGUCAUUAAGUGGAAGAUAUAAGGAUAAUCUGUUUCACAAAACAAUCGUCGAUAAGCUAUGUACAUACAAGAAUAUGAAAGAGUUACAUUUAUAUUCAUUGUCAAAGAUGACAGGAGAGGAUAUUGGUGCAAUUGCGAUGAAUUUAAUACAUCUAGAACGACUUAGUAUUACUAAUAACCAGUGGUUAACUAGUGAUAUUGUCAACCUCAUAUUCGAAUCAUGUCAAAAUUUAAAGUCACUGGAUAUCUCUCACUGUAGAGAAGUAUCGAAUAUAAGUGCAUCUUCGUCAAACCUACUAUCUUUGGAUCUCUCAAACACCGAUGGUGGCGAUUCUACUGAUGUUUAUUUUCCAAAUUUACUUUCACUGUCUUUGAAAUCUUGGAAUCUCGAUUUACCAAUGAUCAAUAAAAUCUUUUCAAGAAAUUUAAGUAGUACACUGAUCAACGAUGAACAACUUUUACCAAUACUCAUUAAUUGUAGUAGUUUAAAUAUAUUAAUCUUAGAGAGAUCAAAUAUUACACCUAUAUCAAUUGAAAAUAUUAAUCAAUAUUCAAAGCAUUUAACAAAGUUAAUAUUAACAUCAAAUUCAAAUAUUACAAAAACAGAUUUACAACCAUUAUUUGCUUUAGGUACAAUUGAUAUUGUUAAAUUUUUUUGA